ACUCUUCGUUGUAAGUUCAUGUUCGCUGCUUCUCGGUGGCCAAUGUUCACUAAUGCUCACCUUUGGUGACUUUACGCUCGCGUGUGCAUCGCCUCAUCGUUUGUGUCUGUUCCGUUCCAAACAAUUCUCAGACAACUCUGAGAAGUAGACUAAUAAGCUUGGAGAGCCAAGUAGCAGAGUGGACGGAGAUCAAUGGAUGUUUGGGCUCUGAACCCUAAGGCAGGAGGUCUAGCAUGGAGGGCCUGCAAGGAGCAAGAGAGGGGCUUAAUGGUGACGAGGCCGAGAUCGCAAUGGAAAUAUUUUGGGAUAGAGGAGGGUAAUGCUCGAUUCCGAGCGGUUUGGGAAGUUAGGGUUUUGGGGAGGAUAUGUUAUAGGUCUUUAAUGGUUAGGGCGACCGGUCAGGGGAAGAACCCAGAAAAUCCAUCUUCUUCCGGAAACAAUGACCCAUCCUUCCCCAGGGGAGAUGGUCCCGAGCAAUCCAAUCCAGACCCUGAUGGAUCAAAAUCUGAUGAUCAGUCCCUCAGACCUAAGAACAUAUUGUCAGACUGGAGAGAUUUUAGAGCAAGUCUUGUUGCAAGGGAGCAGGUGAACCUGCUAGACUCUGAUUCUCCUACACAUGAUAACAAGGCUAGUGGAUUUUCGCAACAGUCAAGUACUAAGUGGGCACACCCUCUUCCAAUGCCAGAGACCGGAUGCGUCUUGGUUGCCACUGAGAAGCUUGAUGGCGUUCGAAGCUUUGAAAGAACCGUUGUCCUUCUUCUAAGAUCUGGUACCAGAGACCGAGAAGAGGGUCCUUUUGGCGUCAUCAUCAAUCGUCCCCUCCACAAGAAGAUAAAACAUAUUAAACCUUCAAAUCCAGACCUUGCUUCUACAUUUGCAGACUGCUCCCUUAACUUUGGUGGACCACUUGAUUCGAGCAUGUUCUUGCUUAGAACUGGUGAAACUUCCCCUCUACCUGGCCUGGAACAAGUCAUCCCCGGCAUUCGCUUCGGUGCCAGAAACAGCUUAGAUGAAGCAGCAGCACUGGUGAAGAAGGGAGUACUGAGAGCACAGGAUUUUAGAUUCUUUGUAGGGUAUGCAGGGUGGCAGUUGGAUCAGUUGAAAGAAGAGAUUGAAUCAGAUUAUUGGAUAGUUGCAGCUUGUAGCUCUCAUCUUAUUGCUGGGGUUUCUGCAGAUUCCUGUUCGUUCUUGUGGGAAGAGAUUCUGCAACUGAUGGGCGGCCAGUAUUUGGAAUUAAGCAAGAAGCCGAAGCAAGAUAGCUCUUAAGCUUCGUUUGGGAUGACUUUCUUACUACUUAAAACAGCAUUUUAGUACAAAAUUUUUAUUUUUUGUGCUAGAAUACUGCUUUAAAAAGCAGUAAGAAAGCCGUCCCAAAUAGAACCUUAAGCAUCCACUCGUAUGAUAUAAUUUUUGUACAGAGAUCACUGAAGUGGCAUUAUCUUUACAUUAUGUAGAGAAUUGUAUAGAGGAUUUGAGGAUCGAAGUUCCCUGCAUAAAUUUAAGCAUCAAGUAGUAAUCAUUUCAGAGAAUUGAAUUCCUAAAUUAAGGAAAUGUGAGGGAAUGGAGUUUGUCAAAUGUAAGGAAUUAAUACAGAGAAUGAACAUGUUAGAUAUGUUCACGUUU